GCACAGCGCAGCAAGGCCGUCAUUGUUCACAUCUGCUUGACCUUGAUAUAGAAAUGCUUGGCAUACCCUGGGUCUGCUCUCGGUGCUUAUGGCGGUCCGCCGGGACUUCUUUCAAUCGACGAGUGCUUGUACAUAGCCGGACGUUCAAGACGGGAUCAGAUCUAUCUCCAGCUCUUCUCACACGUGCACGCUCGCUCGCUGUUGAGCACGCUGCGCUCACCACGCAAUUAGCUGAUACCUUCGACGCCAAGGUCGCCAGAAGAAUUGGAGAGCUAGCACAGGUUGCGACUACUUUGAGAGAAUGGGACAGUACGACUGAAUCCAUAUCCGAGCUACAGGCGUUGUUGGAAGACCCGACAACAGAGGCUGAAUUGAAGUCGUUGGCUGUCGAAGACUUAGAAAGUAGCAAGCUUCUGUUGCCCGGCAUAGCACAAAGUCUCAAAAAGGCACUCAUUCCUCGCCAUCCUUUCGCAGAGCUGCCAUGCUUGCUCGAGAUCCGGCCCGGGGCUGGUGGGGACGAGGCGGGCUUGUUCGCUUUCGAGCUGAUGAAGAUGUAUAUGGCGUUCUGCUCUCGCCGAGGUUUCCGUUGCACCAUCAUCAAGAAAGAGGGUGGAGAGGGAUCGGCUGAAGACCGCCUGAGCGAAGCAGUUCUGGAGAUAGAAACAGAAGGUGCAUAUGACACCAUGAGGACCGAGUCAGGUGUGCACAGGGUACAGAGAGUCCCAGCCACGGAAGCCAAAGGCCGUACACACACUAGUGCUGUGAGUGUGAUGGUACUUCCUAGCUUUCCGGAGACAGGGAGUGACACCCAUGGACCCCCUGGUUUUGAUGACCCUAGUAGCGAUUACUACAUUGACCCACAGGAAGUCCGCACGGAAAAGAUGCGAGCUAGUGGUGCUGGUGGACAGCAUGUGAACAAGACUGAAUCUGCCAUCCGCUUAACUCAUUUACCGACUGGUAUUGUAGUCUCGAUGCAGGAUUCGCGGUCACAGCAUUCUAAUCGAAAGAAGGCAUGGCAAGUUCUGCGUGCAAAAUUGGCUGAACAGAGGCGAGAGGCGAGAGAACAGGAACUAGUAGCGCUCAGGCGAGGAGCGAUGGGUGGCGUUGCGCGAAUGGGCCGAGGCGAUAAGAUUCGCACGUACAAUUAUGGGCAAAGUCGCUGUACAGACCACCGUAGCGGCUUCACUGUACACAAUCUAGACGACGUCUUGGCUGGUGGCCAGGGGUUGGAGUCUGUAAUGGAUAGUGUACAGAGAUGGCUUGGUGACAGCGAAGUUGCAGUCAUGGCGGCAGAAGCAUCAGUCAAGCAAGCAUAAGACAUAGCAAUGUGUUCAGCAUGCAUGACUGAAUACAGCACAUGCAGCCUUACCAUAAGCACUACACUGUUGAGCAAAUAUUCAGC